GAUCUGUUUGCUAGGACUAAGAGUGUCCCCCGUCAGUAAUAGCAUAGCCAGGGUGCACGUUUAUCGUGCGUGCCGCUGGUACGCAUGUUUGUGCUUGGCCGAUUUUGUUUUGAAGGAAAAUUCAUCGUUUAUCGAGAAAUUACAAAAGUCGCACCAGGAGGAAGAUCUAUCCGAUCCUGAUCUACAGGAUGAAGAAAGCGGCGAAGAACUUCCUCAGCAACCGUUACAGGCAAACAGUCAUUCGUCAAGCGACGCUAGCGCCACGGCAACAGCUUCAAACGCAGUGACAUCUAUAAAUACAAUCGCCCCAACACCACUCACUCAUCUUAACAGCCUUAUGAGCAGUCAUCAUCCACACUUUCUUGCAAAACUUAAAAUGGAGGGUGAGAUGGACGUCCUGGGUAACAAAAGUGGUCUGGAAGCACUUCAGGCAGCUAUGGGUGGAACGGGAUUCAAUCUGCCCUUUUCAUUUCCACCCCGAACGCCCUUCCUGACGCCUCAGCAUCACUCGCAGCCAAGUCACGUGUCUCAAGUUGGUGGUGGCGGUAGUGGCGGCGGUACUGGGGGUGGAGGUGGCGGAGGUGGUGGUGCCCACAUGACAACCUCAUCCGCCAGUUCACACUCCAGCGAAUCAUCCCAGGGUAGCGCACGCAAUGGAGAUGUGCGCGACAACAGCAAUCAUUCCCAAGGAAACAGCGGAAGUGGACAUCAGCAGCAGACCAGUUGGAGCUUCGAGGAGCAGUUCAAACAGGUGCGUCAGUUGUACGAGAUCAACGACGAUCCGAAGAGGAAAGAAUUUCUCGAUGAUCUCUUCAGUUAUAUGCAAAAACGUGGUACACCAAUCAAUCGACUGCCAAUCAUGGCCAAGUCUGUACUCGACUUGUACGAACUAUAUAACUUAGUAAUCGCUCGAGGUGGUCUGGUCGACGUGAUCAACAAGAAGCUAUGGCAAGAGAUCAUCAAGGGACUUCACUUACCUUCCAGCAUCACUUCAGCAGCAUUCACACUGAGGACUCAGUACAUGAAGUAUCUGUACCCUUACGAGUGCGAAAAAAGGAGGCUGUCAACACCGGCUGAGCUUCAAGCAGCGAUCGAUGGAAAUCGGCGUGAAGGUCGUCGCAGCAGUUACGGUGCAUAUGCAGGAGGUGGCGGAGGGGGUGAUAGCCUGGUACAGAGAAGUCCCCACACCCCAAGCUCUCUAGCACUUCACGCACAGAUGUCACCCUUGUCACUGGUAACAGCCGUAGCCGCCGGUGGGCAGCAUCAUGGACCACAAUCAUUGGUGAACGGAAGUGCCGCGCACACACCGCUCCCACACCAUCCCCAUCAUCCUCAGCAUCCUCAAGGUCCAUUAGGUCAGCCACCUAGUUCGGGUCCAAUUCCGGGAAUGGCUCCAGCUGAAUUUGAAGCCAGAAUGGUAGAAUACGUUAAGCUAUUGAAUAAGGAAUUAAGAAGUGCCGGUGGCGGUACACCGCCACCCAUGAUUCAUCGACAGGGCAGUGCAUCCCCACCUUCAUCGACACCACCACGUGACAGUGCAUUCAGUGCUUUGGAAAUGUCGCGACUUACCCUAUGGAACAUGUACAACAAUAACACCCUCUAUCCUGGAGUGGGUCAUCAGCCACCACUCUCACCACAGACGUCGCAUUCGCCUUUGCCGCCAAACAGCAGUCCUGAACCACAGAGAGAGGCUCUCGACUUGGGUCUGAGGUCCUCGCCCAUGUCCUCUUCGCCGACCAGACAGAGUCCACCGUCAUCCGGUGGCAGUGUCCAGAUAAAAAGGGAACAGGAGAUCACUGGUACACCUGGUCCACCACCAGCAAAGAGGUUACUCUCUGACGACGAUAGUCCUGCGGAAAAAUCAGUACCAGCCUUGGCAGGCACGCACAUUAAGAUCUCAAACAGAGGUGACGGACGCAAUGGUGACAAUUCUUUGGUCGUCAGUAUGGAACUAAACGGUGUAAUGUACCAGGGUGUAUUGUUCGCCCAAACAGAGAGCAGGAACGCGACGACGACCACGACGACCAGCAACAGCACCAAAGCACCUCGAAGCGUCGUAUCGUGAACAACUCGGUGCUCUUAGCGCAUCGAUCCUCUUGGGUCCCGUCGACUCGCCAUUCCUCACAGACCCAAACGCCACGGAAGUCGUAGCUAGAAACCAACUGCUAGCUGAUAGCUGAUUUUUUUUUAAUCAUCUGGAGGCACACUGAGUUCCGAUUUCUCGAACCACUGAAAGUCGAUGUAACUUGAUCCAUGAUGUUCCUCCAAGGUAUUCCAAAGAUGGUACCCAGUCCCUUGAGGUACCCUAAGACGUUGUUCCUGGCUCUAUUGGUUGUCUGAUCGUUCUAUGGCGCUUGUGUCUUUGGGUCUAAACUCCCUGGGUCUUGGAGCUAAUUAAACGCGCGAAAAUCCUUCUGAUUAAUUCGUUAAUUAUACUUAGAGCAAGCGUGAAAGAUCCGUGUGCAAUGAUCGAAAUGAUGUCUCGUGUUAAUUUGAUUAAUUUUUAAUCAGGCCCAGGUCGCGUGUCCUUAGUUGUCUAGUUUUUAAACAAGUCAGGAACUUAAGCCUUCCCAAACGGUCUCCGAUUGGGUCGUCCAUUUAUUUUUUAUCGCUUUACAGUCGAAUCAAAAUGGAUCUUAACUUAUUUAUUUUCUUUGAUAUUCCUAUAGAUGGCAGAUUGAGCGUUACAAACUUAAUGGUCAUUGUUUUGACUCGAGACCGUCACAUAACAUAUCCAAUGACUUUAACGUGGAAUUUUAAUGUAACUUCUUUCUUCCACUCCCUUUCAUUCUUGUAUAUUCUUUUAUCGUAGGGUAUCGAAGUGUCGCUGCUGAUAUCUGUAUAUAGUGAACGUUAGCUUGGUGGAGAAAGAAAAUAACGGCGACUAGAUAGAAGUGACGAGGGGUACGCAAAGUAUAUAGAAAAUAAAUUGUGCAGUGAAAUUGUAAAAGAGGAUGUCAAAAUCGAAGUUACGAAUAUGAACAGCGCGAUACUCGGUGCCAGGUCUCUUUUCUUUUUUAUAUCACGCUUUUAUCCAUGAAUCUUUCAAAUUUUAUUAGCAUCUUGAACUGGUAUUCUCCAUUCAUUUCUAUUUCCAUAUCCUUUCCGAUUCAUCUCUGUUCUUUCUAACACCAAAGCUCUGUGGGAUAACUUUCUCCUAAAGAUUACACCAAGGGAGCGAAAAGAAAUGAAAAUGAAAGGAAACGGAGAAAUACAAAUAUGACGGCGAAUACUGUGUCUCUAGAAGAUGUUAUGCAAUAAUUGCUAAUAGUCUAAGAUUAAAGGAACAUCUUGUUUUUAGUCAUAGCCUUUAGGAUAUACGAUACGUAGUGACAGUAAGGUAUUAAAAUGUAGCGCGCGUUACGGGCAGCGUGUCGUCAAGUAAAACACGCGGUAAGCAACCGGAAGUGUAUUAAGAGAAGAACCGGAAGAGUAAAGAUAUAAGAGUUGAGAAGUAAGAAAAAGCCAAUGAGAAAGUUUCACUUUUUUGCCCAAUGUUCAUGGUCGGACGUGACGUGUGUUCGUUAAUGAAAAUACAAGAAAAAUAUAAUUCGGCCGUAUCAAAGGAUAUAUAUUACGUGGCGUCGUUUUACUUAUAUACGCCGUGAAUGGAACCCCGCGGCCUAUUAUAAAGGAGAUAAUGAAUAUACAAAUAUAUUAUAUGUCGCUAUAUUGACCGCGAGAGACGUUAGAGUCGAGAGUUAAUUAUGGGCGAGGAGUAAUUAAAAGAAGAAAAAUGAAAAAGGAAGAUUUAAUUAACAAUGAAGUAGCACCGCAGACAAAAAAGUCUUUAUUAUCGAAACGUGGAGGAAAAUGGCGUAUUUUAUUGUUUAUAGUUCGAAGAUUAGCCAAAAAGACUGUUACAUAGGACGAACAUUACACUAGAUAUUAAUUCUUACUACGAUCUUAUUAUUAAUUAAUUAUUCUCUCAUCCCUAUUAUCAUUUUAAGGAUUAUUAUUAUUAACUAUUAAUUGAUUAUUGAUAUUGCGAUCAUUAUUAAUUAUCAUUAAUUAUUAUUAUUAUUAUUAUUGACUUAUUACUAUUUGUUAUGUCGCGUCGCAAGAUAUCAGUUGCGUUUAAAUUUAUGACAUCCGUUUCCCAUUGUCUUUUGGUUGUUUGUAAUCAUUUUCUUUUUUGCGAAAACAAAUUUCCACGUCCCGAAGAUCGUCAAUAAUCUUUGUUCACUGAGAAAAACAGAACAGGCGAAAAUAAGAAAAAAAAAAACAUUUUAAUUUCAAAAAAUAGAAAAUCAAUGUGAUGAAUCGUAAUUGUUCGUUGGGGUAUAAAAACUUUACCUCCCCUCUAAUAUUUUUAUCGAAUCAUGUAACCCAUAGCGUGACAGUAUAUUUUUAUUUUUUUCUUUCCUUUUUACCAUGUAAACUACAUCGCACCAAAUGACAGCUGACAAUAUUAAACAGAGACAGACAGAGAAGAUAUUUGAAUGAAAAAUAACUACAUACCACAUACAUACUUAUUAUAUUAAUUACGAAUGAAUUAAUUAGUACGCUAAACGUUGUAUAUAUGAUAUCAUUAAAGAAGGAACGGAAUAUCGAUCAGCCUUUUAAUCAAAUAAACUUAUAGUUAAGCA